AGAAUGACUCACCAGUUCCCUACCCUGUCUGCUGGGCAGAAGAAGAAUCUACAGGAGAUAGCCCUGCGCAUAGUGUCUCCAGGGAAGGGCAUCCUGGCUGCAGAUGAGUCUGUAGGUAGUAUUGCGAAGCGUCUGAGCCAGGUGGGCGUUGAGAACACGGAGGAGAACCGCCGCAGGUACCGCCAGAUCCUCUUUAGCGCCGAUGACCGCAUCAACAGCUGUAUCGGUGGCGUCAUCUUCUUCCACGAGACGCUGUAUCAGUACUCUGAUGACGGUACCCCCUUCGUCAAGAUGAUUAAGGAAAGGGGCAUUUUGAUUGGAAUUAAGGUUGACAAGGGGGUUGUGCCCCUUCCAGGGACCAAUGGGGAAACCACAACUCAGGGACUCGAUGGCCUGUCUGAGCGUUGUGCUCAGUAUAAAAAGGACGGAGCAGACUUUGCAAAGUGGCGUUGUGUCCUUAAGAUCAGUGACACAAAUCCUUCUAAACUGGCGAUUGAAGAAAAUGCCAAUGUCCUGGCACGCUAUUCAAGUAUUUGUCAGCAGCAUGGCAUUGUGCCAAUCAUCGAGCCAGAAAUCUUACCAGAUGGAGAUCAUGAUCUAAAACGCUGUCAGUAUGUCACAGAGAAGGUCCUUGCUGCGGUGUACAAGGCCAUGUCAAACCAUCAUGUGUACCUGGAAGGCACUCUGGUUAAACCCAACAUGGUAACCCCCGGCCAUGGCUGCACCACCAAAUGCAGCCCAGAAGAGGUUGCCAUGGCCACAGUCACUGCCCUGCGCCGCACUGUCCCUCCUGCUGUGACUGGGGUGACAUUCCUUUCUGGUGGUCAGAGUGAGGAGGAGGCCUCCGUCCACCUAAAUGCUAUUAACAACUGCCCCCUGGUGAAGCCGUGGGCCCUCACAUUCUCCUACGGCCGAGCCCUACAAGCCUCUGCACUCAAAACCUGGCGUGGGCAUAAAGAAAACGAGAAUGCUGCCACUGAGCAGUUCAUCAAGAGAGCAGAGGUCAAUGGUCUGGCUGCUACGGGAAGGUACCUCCGUGGUGGCGAUGAGGACGGCCUGCAUGACUAUGGACCCAGUCAUGCAUACUGA